AUGGCAUAUAUUUCAAGUUCGAAGAACAGUGUCAAGAAACUCAACAACUUCAAUUAUAAUAAUUGGAGUACCCACAUGCAGUUUUACUUGCGGGGACAAGACUUGUGGGAUAUCAUUAGCGGCGACAACAUCACACCACCCAUGAAUGAUGACGAGUUAAGGAAAUGGAACAUUAAAGCGGCUAAAUCUCCUUAUGCUCUUGCAAGGACUGUUGAAGAUGACCUAAUGCAACACAUCAAGAGCGCGCAAACUACAAAGGAGGCAUGGGAUAACUUGGUAGCACUUUUUGCGAGGUCAAAAGAUGCCCAAGUGGCAAAGUUGGAUCCUAAGAAUGCCAUCUUUGAGCCAAGAAUGAGAGGAAUUAUCAUUCAUGGGUUAAGAUCGCAGUAUAAUGGUAUUGUUAUGGCAACCCGUGGAUGGGCAAAUGUGCCAACUCUGACUGAGUUAGAGAAUUUAUUGGCCAACCAAGAGACUUUAGAUAAACAAAUGUCUAAGGUCUUGGUCAAGGAAGACGAAAGUGUCCUCUUCAGUAAUAAAAGAGGGUUCAAGAGUAAGAGGAGGACUAAUGCAGGCAAUGUUGCCGCAUCUAAGAAGAAUGAUAGCAAAGAGGAGUGGGAUUUCCAAGCCUCUAUUGCCGUCGAGGAACAAGAAGAGCUCGUGGCCAUUUCUGCUACCAAAUUAAAAAGAUGCGAUGUGUAA